AUGAAGCUGAUCACGUUAAUUUUCUUGCAUAUCGUUUACGUACUUGCUCAGAAUGACGAAUGCGUGACAGUUGUCGAUCGUUAUGCCAACUGCGAAGGUUAUGUGUUCGUGCCGACGCGAAAUAGCGACGAUGAGUAUAAAGUAUGUCAGCAUGAUGCAGACUGUGAGGAUCAACGCGAGCCACCGGCUUGGUGCAGACCUGACAAAUGGCAGAAUUGGAUGUGA